CCCCUCACGUUAUUUGACUGACUACCGGUAGUGUGUGUUGUCAGUGGCUGUUACCCGCGCGAAUAAUUAUUAUUUUGCAUGAGAAGUUCCACUAAAUACAAGGCGGUCACGAACGUAAUACGAUCCCCUAACAGUGUGUCGUUUAAUUGUAAGAAAACAACGCAAGAAAUUAACCUAACGAUACUAUGUGUCUGCCAAGUAUCUCGGGCAUUCCAGAUAAACACUGGCAACCACCCUUCGUUACUUUCGAAACUACGAUGGGUGAGAUAACCUUCGAACUAUACUGGAAACAUGCUCCUGUCACAUGCAGAAACUUUGCUGAGCUCAUACGACGUGGAUACUACAAUGGUACCAAAUUUCACAGGGUCAUCCGUGAUUUUAUGAUUCAAGGUGGAGAUCCUACGGGGACUGGGAAAGGUGGGAUAUCGAUAUACGGUGAAUGCUUUGACGAUGAGAUACAUGAUGAUUUGAAACACACAGGUGCUGGAAUAAUAUCAAUGGCGAAUACAGGUCCAGACACAAAUGGAUCACAGUUUUUUAUCACGCUUGCACCAACUCAAUGGCUUGAUGGGAAACAUACUAUAUUUGGUCGAGUUUAUUCUGGUAUGGCGAUAGUGAAAAGAAUUGGGCUAGUUGAAACCGAUAAGAAUGAUCGACCAGUAGAUGACGUUAAGAUAGUAAAAAGUUCCAUAAAAAACACGUAAUUCUUACAAGAGAAGAUUCUUUGCUUGAUAUGCAUCAUACUUUGUAUAUUUUUAUAAAUAUAUAUGUUAAAAGAGAAUAUAUUGUGUGACUUGCAAUGUA